GUCUGAGAACCAGAGAGCUUCCUCGUACAGUUGAGUAGAGAAUAGGAACGUGAAGACAUGGGACAAGCCCUGAAUAUCCAGAGCUGCGACUUGCAGAUAACCAGAAACAAUGAAGAACAUCACACCAUGGACAUCAGUUCCAGGCGCCUCGUUGUCCGCAGAGGGCAGCCCUUCACCAUCACCCUGCACCUCCGACCACUGGUUCGAGGAUUCCUCCGGGUUUUAAAGAAGGUCUCCCUUGUGGCUCAAACGGGGGAACAGCCUUCCAAGACAAACAGGACCAAGGUCAAAUUCCCCAUCACCAGCCUAGGGAACCCUAAAUGGUGGAGUGCAGCCAUAGAAGACAGAGAUUUCCAAACUUGGACCAUCACGGUGACCACACCUGCUGAUGCCAUCAUCGGCCACUACUCCCUCCUGCUUCGGGCCUCUCGAAGGACUCAGUACCCCCUGGGCCGCUUCACGCUACUUUUUAAUCCCUGGGCACGAGAGGAUGCAGUCUUCUUGGAGAACGAGGCACAGCGCAGGGAAUAUUUGCUGAGCCAGAAUGGCCUCAUCUACCUGGGCACAUCGGAUUGCAUCCAGCCACACCCUUGGGACUUUGGCCAGUUUGAGGUCAAUGUCAUUGAUCUCAGUCUCAGUUUACUGGAAGUAGAUAAGAAAGUCAACCAGUGGAAUGACCCUAUCCAUGUGACCCGGGUGCUUGGAGCCUUGCUGAACGACAGGAAGGAGAAGAGUAUUCUGGCCACAUCUCAAACCCAAGAUUCCAAGGACGAGAGAUUCCUGUACAAGCGCCGAGGGAGUUUGCCCAUCCUCAGGCACUGGCUCACUGGCCAAGGGCGGCAGGUGCCUGAAAAGCAGGCCUGGGUGUUGGCAGCUGUCACCUGUUCAGUGCUGAGGUCCCUAGGAAUCCCUGCCCGAGUUAUCACAAUCUUUGACUCAGCCCAAGGCACAGGAGGAGCCUUGACCGUGAAUGAAUAUUAUGAUGAGGAUGGGCUUCAGACUGGAGAGGACCAAGGAAGCCGAAUCAGUAUUUUCCAAGUCUCAACUGAAUGUUGGAUGACAAGACCUGAUCUGCCCUCAGGUUAUGGAGGAUGGCAAAUUGUGGACUCAAGCCUUCAGAAAGAAAGUGGCCAUAAUGUCUUGGGGACCUGUGACCUAGUUCCAGUUAAGGCAAUCAAGGAAGGGGCUCUGGGGUUGAGUCCUGUGGCACCAGUUCUUUUUGCCUCACUCAAUGCUUCCUGUGUAGUCUGGAUGAGAACAAAGGAUGGGGCAGUGGCUCGGGCUGAUUCCAGCCCCAAGUAUGUGGGCAACAACAUCAGCACCAAGGGGGUUGGAGGGAAUCGUUGUGAAGACAUCACUCAAAACUACAAAUAUCAUGAAGGAUCUCCACAAAAAAGAGAGCAAUUGGAGAAAGUCUGGAAAGAGAGAGCUGAACCUGGAAAGGUCAAUGGGCUCUCCCUUAGUCCAGAAACAUCAGGUCCUCUGCACAUGCUCUUGGAUUCAUCCAGCUCCAUGCCUUUGGAUGGAGACGUUGAGUUAGCUGUGAAGUUGUUUAACCACACUAAUGAGGAAAAGACUGUGGAUCUGGUGAUUGGGAUCCAGGCCAUGGACUAUAAUGGAGUCACCACUACACAACUCUACAAAAAGAAGUUAUUCCUUACUCUUCAGGACAAUGAGGUCAGAACCAUCAGUACAAGCCUGUCCUCCUCUCAUUUUGUACAAAGCCCUCCAGAGAACAGUAUCCUGAGACUGACAGCUGUGGCAACCCACACAGAUCCUGAGACUAACUACUUUGCUCAACGGGACAUUGCCAUCUGCAAACCACAACUCAUCAUUGAGAUGCCAGACAUGGUAAAACUGUACAAACCAGUCGUAGCUUCCAUCAUUGUUCAAAAUAAGAUGGACUCUCCCAUGGAUGAUUGUGUGAUCACGGUAUUUGGAAGAGGACUCAUUUACAGAGAGAAGAGCUAUAGAUUAGGUUCUGUCUGGCCUGGAAAUUCUCUCUACUGCCAGAUCCAGUUCACUCCAACCCACGCAGGGCUCCAAAGACUCAUCGUGGAAGUGGAUUGCAGCAUAUUCCAGAACCUAACAGGCUACAAGAGCAUUAAUGUGGUGAUGCCCGAAUCUCCAGCUUGAGUUUGCACGCUGCGCCUGC